AUGGAGUACAUGGGAAGCAAUAUAACAUACAACAAAGACAUAUACAGUGAGUUUAAGUACUACUGUGAACAGCAUGAGAUUGAAGUAAUGAGUAAAGGAGACUUUGAAACGCUUAUGAAAGACAGUAAGGAGGUCGUUCAUGAGAACAGUGUUGAAAUAGUUCAUGAGAACAGUGAGGAGGUCAUACAUGAAUGCAAUGAUGAAAUAGUUCAUGAGAACAGUGAGGAGGUCAUACAUGAAUGCAAUGAUGAAAUAGUUCAUGAGAACAGUGAGGAGGUCAUACAUGAGAACAGUGUUGAAAUAGUUCAUGAUGUCGUUCGUGAAGAAGCCAUUGCAACAAAGAAUGAUAUAAAGGAUUUCAUAGAACUUAACAAGGAGGAGUUUAAAGAAGGCUAUGAAGUGAAAAGAUGUGAAGAAGAUUUCUUGGCGUAUUUGAAGAAAAAGAGACUAAAGCCAAUGGCUCAAAAUAAGUUUCAAUCGAUGUUUGAAAAGAAACGUUUGAGCUAUGGUGGUGUAAGAAGCACAUAUUACUUUGUUAAGAAGUGA